AUGAAUCUCUAUAGUUGCUUAACGGUUUUAGUUAUAAUAGCUAUGGUAAAUGGUGGCGAUGAUACAAAAUAUAGGGAACUCCUGACUGCUGGUAAUAACAAUUUCACAGCAAAAAUGUUUUCUGAAGUUGCAAAGACUAAACAAGACAGGAGUUUUGUGUUAUCUGCUUUUUCUGUACUUACUCCGCUUGCACAACUGUCGCUUGCUUCAGAUGGAGACUCUCACGACGAACUAUUAAAAGCCAUUGGCCUUCCCGAUGAUGAAUCUACAAAAUCUGUUUUUUCAUAUAUGAAUUCCAAAUUAAGAACUGUAAAGGGAGUUGAUCUGAAAAUGGCAAACAAAAUCUACGUUGCUAAAAAUUAUGACCUAAAUGAUAAUUAUGCAGCCAUAUCCAGGGAAACAUUCGAAUCAGAAGUGAAGAAUGUUGAUUUUACGCAUAAUGAAGAAACGGCAAAAGAAAUAAAUGCUUGGGUAGAAGAUCAAACUAACCAUCGUAUAAAAAAUUUAGUGGAUCCUCAAACCUUGACAUCGGAUACAAGAGCUGUUUUGGUGAAUGCAAUUUAUUUCAAGGGCAUGUGGAAAAAUCCUUUCAAUAAGAUGUUUACAAGCGACAGUAACUUCCAUGUGUCACGUGAAAAUACUAUAAAAGUGCCAACAAUGUAUAGAAAAGGAAAUUACAAUUACGGCGAAAUAGCAGACCUGAACGCUAAGAUUUUAGCAAUUCCUUACGAAGGAGACGAAUCUGCAUUUUACAUCAUUCUUCCUAAUAACAUCGAUGGAAUUACUGAGCUUGAAGAAAAACUCAAGGAUCCUUCUAUUUUAGACAAUGCUUUGAAAAGUUUAUAUGAAGUAGAAGUAGAAGCGUACAUUCCGAAAUUCAAAAUCGAAACUUCAACAAAUCUCAAGGAAAUUCUUCCUAAAAUCGGUGUCAAGAAAAUUUUUAGUCCCGAACAUGCGAAGUUAAAUAAACUAUUGAAAGAAGCUGGUAAUUUGUACGUAAGCGAAGCCAUUCAAAAGGCUUUUAUAGAAAUAAAUGAAGAAGGCGCUGAAGCCGCAGCUGCUAAUGAAUUCGGUAUAUCCUACCUGGCUGCUUUCAUACCCCAGACCAUCAGAUUUGUUGCAGACCAUCCAUUUGUAUUCGUUUUAAAAACGGGACAAAAUAUUAUUUUUAAUGGAAUAUUUUACUCCUAG